GACCUCCUUCCCUUUCCUUCCUCCUGAAAGGAACCUCACAAGAGCCCUGCGAGGAAGGAGACUAAGAAUAGAGGGCAUGCUUCUCCUCCUCUCCUCGGUCCUCCAAGGAGAAACCGAGAUCUGGCUUGACAAUCCCUUCUUCCGGUUUCCCCUCAGCGCCUCUCUAGGAGCAGUCUCUCUGUCAUCCUCCCACAGCCGGAAGGGGCGGGGCCAAGGCGGAGGGUUGGACUCUCGAAGCAGGAGAGGAAGACCGGAAGAGGCCUUUGUGUCCCCAGUAAUUGCACCUGAGACAGAAUCCGCUGAAAGAGGAAUGUACUUUUCUGCUGUGUUAGAAACACAACUCAGUCUUCCAUAAGUUCAGAGAAGGAUUUCACUCUGGUCAGUUUAAGGACAGAAGAGAAGAGCCUUGCGUCUUUCCAUAAGAGCCAUGCAGAGGACCUUGGAGGAGAAGAUGCUCAGUUCUGAGGUCCAGCGCCAGCACUUCAGGCAGUUUGUCUUCCAGGAGGAGGCUUUGGAGCCCCGAAAGGUUUGCAGCCAGCUCCACAAUCUCUGCUGCCAGUGGCUGAAGCCAGAGAGACACACCAAGGCUGAGAUGAUGGACCUGGUGAUCCUGGAGCAGUUCCUGGCCAUCCUUCCCCCAGAGAUGGGGUGCUGGGUUCGAGAGUGUGGAGCGGAGACAACCUCCCAAGCAGUGGCCUUGGCAGAGGCCUUCCUCCUGAGCCAAGCAGAGGAGAAAAAACUGAAGCAGGAGCAGGACUUGUUUGAGGAAGAGAUGCUUGAGAUAGAGAAGAAUCCUGAAUCCUGUCAAAGGCAGCAGCCGAAGAGGGUCAUGCAGGACAGAGAAGGGAUGUCCUCCUCAAUAAUGUUCCUCCCAGGAGGUAGAAUAAGGACUGGGCCUAUAUGUGCACAUCUCUUCAUCCUGAUGGACUCAGAACAGAUUCUGCAAGACUUGACAAGGUGACCUUUGAGGAGGUGGCUGUGUAUUUCAAGGAGGAGGAGUGGGCCCUGCUGGACCCAGACCAAAGGGCCCUUCAUCGGGAAGUGAUGGAGGAGAAUCUGGGUAUCCUGUCUUCUCUAGCAACUCACACAGGAGAACAACCAUUUAAAUGCCUGCAGUGUGGGAAAGGUUUUAUUCAGAAGAUAAACCUCACCCAUCAUCAAGCAACUCACAUAGGAGAGAAACCAUUUAAAUGCCUGGAAUGUGGAAAGGGUUUCACUCGGAAGGCACACUACACCCGCCAUCGAGCAACUCACACAGGAGAGAAACCAUUUAAGUGCCUGGAGUGUGGAAAAAGUUUCACUCGGAAGACCUACCUCACCCUUCAUCAAGUAAUUCACACAGGAGAGAAACCAUUUAAAUGCCUGGAAUGUGGAAAGAGUUUCACUCAGAAGAUACACUACACCCGUCAUCAAGCAACUCAUACAGAAGAGAAACCAUUUAAGUGCCUGGAGUGUGGAAAGACUUUUCAUCUGAAGACUUCCCUCACCAUUCAUCAAGUAAUUCACGCAAGAGAAAAACCAUUUAAAUGCCUGGAGUGUGGAAAAGGUUUUACUCAGAAGAUAAACCUCACCCGUCAUCAAGCAACUCACACAAGUGAGAAACCAUUUAAAUGCAUGGAGUGUGGAAAAGGUUUUAUUCGGAAGGCACGCUACACCCAUCAUCAAGCAACUCACACAAGCGAGAAACCAUUUAAAUGCAUGGAGUGUGGAAAGGGUUUCACUCAGAAGACACGCUACACCCGUCAUCAAGCAACUCACACAAACAAGAAAACAUUUAAAUGCAUGGAGUGUGGAAAGAGUUUCACUCGGAAGACACACUGCUCCCGUCAUCAAGCAACUCACACAAGAGAAAAACCAUUUAAAUGCCUGGAGUGUGGCAAAGGUUUCACUCGGAAGACCGACCUCACCUAUCAUCAAGUAACUCACACAGGAGAGAAACCAUUUAAGUGCCUGUAGUGUGGAAAGACUUUUUAUCUAAAAGCAUCCCUCCCUCGACAUCAAGUAACUCACAAAGGAGAAAAACCAUUUAAAUGAUAAGGGUGUGGAAAAAGUUUUAUUAUGAAGAUUGAUCUCACUCAUCAUCAAAAAAUUCAUACAGGAGAGAAACCAUUUAAAUGCAUGAACUGUGGAAAAGGUUUCACUUGGAAGACUUCCCUCACUCGACACCAACCAACUCACACGGGAGAGAAGCCAUUCAAAUGCCUGGAGUGUGGAAAACAAUUCACCCAGAAGAUAAACCUCAUCCGUCAUCAACCAACUCACAGAGGAGAAAUGCCUGGAAUGGAGAAAGGGGGAGAAAUCACACCAGAGGUUAAAGAAUCUUCAGGCUAAAUUUUUUAGCUCUCUUCAACCUCCUACACCAAUUCCUAAUAGAGUUUUAGUGUUCAAAACUAGAGAAUGCUGUCUAAUGGCAAGGGCUGAGAUUGCAAUGAUGGAAAGAGCUGAUAAGUUUGCCAAGAGACAGUGUGUAUAGAGAAAACAAUACGGGACCCAUAUUUACUGUAUGUCAGUAUCGUAUUAGUAGAAAAUAUUUCCAUCGUGACAUUGGCGUUUGCAAUGUUGCAUUGUUUUUGUCUGAGGUGGUCAGGAUGAUAACUUCUGUACUAGAAUAAAUGUAUGAAAUAA